AUGUGGUGGAAGCCACCAUUUUCGUCAAUGUCCAAUGCUUCAAAAUUUUCAAUAACUGGGUCACGCAAUGGCGGUGUUCCCAGUACUAUCCUUAAGCCAUCAUCAAUCUCAUCACAUCCCGUCUAUAUCCAGAUUCAUAUUAAUAAUCAACCAACUAAAGCAAUCAUUGAUACAGGAUCCGCCAUUUCAAUCAUUCAUAUCGAAUUUCUUAAAACUAUCAAACAUGAAAAUUUCCAGCGACAAACUCAAUCAUGCCGAACCGCAAACUCAACACCACUUAAUAUCAUCGGACAAAUUAUGCUGGAAAUAAAAAUUAAAUCCAUAACAACUUACACCAAUGUUUAUGUUGCAACAAAUUUAAUUACAUCGAUCCUCUUAGGCAACGACUGGAUAAACACAAAUCAUAUUCAUCUUUUCGGUGACCAACAACAACUAACUAUUCCGGAUCAAUAUGGACAACGCAUUACAAUUUCAUACGUGGAACCAACAUUUAUUAAUCAACCGGCAUUAUUAGUAAAUCAAAUUACACUUCCUCCAUAUUCACAAACAUUAGUUGAUAUCACUUGUCGAAUUUGCAAUGAUAAGGAUUUAAUUUUCGAGCCACAACUAAACCAUUUAUCAAACUGUAUUCUUAUACCACAUACAUUGUUGAACAUUCGAAAUCAUGAAGCAAAAGUAUUAAUGAUUAAUGCAAACGAUCGACCGCAAACGCUAUCAAAGAAUACCCGAAUCGGAACACUCUCUCGUCAUUCAACUUAUUCGAUAUAUACAACCAUCCAACACUCUAUGACCACCAACACUCAACAACGAUUAAAUCAAGUUCACAAUAAAAAUAAUAAUAGAAUCAUCUCAAAUAAAAAAGAUGAUCUGAUUCAGCCGAAUAGAAAAAAUAUAUGUGAUAGAUGCAAUGAAUAUUUUUUAUCUGGUAAUGAUUUACAAAAGCAUUUACGAACAGAAUGUUAUUCGGAUCAGAUUCGAAAGCACAUAGUCGAAUCGACAAAACACAUUGACAACGAAAAACACAGAUUAGCAGUUCAAGACAUACUAUGGCGAAAUAAAAUUCUAUUUGAUCCUACACCAUCAAUUAUUAAUAUUCCACCUCAAACAGCAAUUAAAACUGGUGAUCAUCCACCUAUUUAUUCGAAACAAUAUUC